AUGAGUGACCCAAGGCAGUCACAAGAAGAGAAACACAAGCUUAGCAGAGCCUCUUCAAAGUUUAACGAUCCUUCCAGAAUCAUGCAGUCUGAUGAUUAUUUUGCUCGGAAAUUUAAAGCCAUUAAUGGCAACAUGGGACCUCCUCCUUCUUUAAAUGCACCAAAUUCCAGUGAUAGUGGUGGUCCUGCUAAUGGCACCCCACCAGUACCCAAAAUGGGUGUGAGAGCAAGAGUGUCUGAAUGGCCUCCUAAAAAGGAUUGCUCCAAGGAGCUAGCCUGCAAGGGACUGUGGAAAAGCCAUUCCCAAACCAGUUAUGAAAGUGUCACAUCUGUCAUGCAGAAUGGACAAAAUGACCAGAGUGAUGGUCAGCAAGAGGAUCAACUUGAUCUGGAAUUUGUGGAUGCAAAAUAUACAAUUGGUGACAUCUUCGUGCAUUCUCCUCAAAGAGGACUUCACCCCAUAAGACAGAGAAGCAAUAGUGAUGUCACCAUCAGCGACAUUGAUGCUGAAGAUGUCUUAGACCAAAAUGCAGUAAAUCCUAACACUGGGGCAGCCCUCCACAGGGAAUAUGGAAGUACAUCUUCAAUUGAUAGACAGGGUUUAUCUGGGGAAAACUUUUUUGCUAUGCUUAGAGGAUACCGAGUAGAAAAUUAUGACCACAAAGCAGUGGUCCCUUUUGGGUUCCCUGAAUUCUUCCCCUGUGAUCCUACAGUCUCUCCUAGCCUUCAUGCAGCAGCACAGAUUUCUAGAGGAGAGUUUGUCCGAAUCUCAGGAUUAGACUACAUGGACAGUACGUUUCUAAUGGGGAGAGACCGGGAAAAGCCUUUCACACGGAGGUUAAAGUCAGAGUCGGUGGAAACAUCCCUUUUCCGAAAGCUGCGAACUGUGAAAAGUGAACAUGAGGCUUUCAAAUUGACAUCUGAUAUGGAGGAGAGUCAUCUGGAAAGGGGAGUUUGCCCUUGGCAUUGUCAAAGAUGUUUUGCACAUUAUGAUGUCCAGAGCAUUUUGUUUAAUAUCAAUGAAGCCAUGGCAAUAAGGGCUAACGUGGGGAAAAGGAAAAACAUAACCACUGGGGCUUCUGCAGCAUCCCAGACUCAGAUGCCAACAGGCCAGACAGGCAACUGUGAGUCCCCUUUGGGGAGCAAGGAGGACCUUAACUCAAAAGAGAACCUGGAUGCUGAUGAGGGUGAUGGGAAGAGUAAUGAUCUUGUCCUGAGUUGUCCUUAUUUUAGAAAUGAGACAGGAGGGGAAGGUGACAGAAGGAUUGCUCUUUCUAGAGCCAACUCAUCAUCUUUCAGUUCUGGGGAAAGCUGCUCCUUUGAAUCAUCUCUCAGCUCUCACUGUACAAAUGCAGGUGUCUCAGUUUUGGAAGUGCCAAGAGAGAACCAGCCGAUUCAUAGGGAGAAAGUGAAGCGCUACAUCAUAGAGCACAUUGACCUUGGGGCCUACUACUACCGCAAAUUCUUCUAUGGGAAAGAGCACCAAAACUACUUUGGAAUAGAUGAAAACCUUGGCCCUGUGGCCAUAAGCAUCCGGAGAGAGAAAGUUGAAGAUGCUAAGGAGAAAGAAGGGUCCCAGUUCAACUAUCGUGUAGCUUUCAGGACCAGUGAGCUUACAACACUGAGAGGAGCAAUUUUAGAAGAUGCUAUACCCUCCACUGCUAGGCAUGGUACUGCACGAGGACUACCUCUGAAAGAAGUUCUGGAAUAUGUCAUUCCAGAGUUGAGCAUCCAGUGCCUGAGACAGGCUUCUAACUCACCCAAGGUCUCGGAACAACUACUCAAGCUUGAUGAACAAGGGCUGAGCUUUCAGCACAAGAUUGGGAUCCUUUAUUGCAAAGCAGGCCAGAGCACCGAAGAAGAGAUGUAUAACAAUGAGACAGCGGGUCCAGCUUUUGAAGAAUUCCUUGAUCUUCUGGGCCAGAGAGUACGGCUGAAAGGAUUUAGUAAAUAUCGAGCUCAGCUAGACAAUAAAACUGAUUCUACAGGAACUCACUCCCUCUAUACCACAUACAAAGAUUAUGAACUCAUGUUCCAUGUGUCAACUAUGCUGCCCUACAUGCCAAAUAAUAGACAACAGCUUCUGAGAAAAAGGCACAUAGGAAAUGACAUCGUUACCAUUGUCUUCCAAGAGCCUGGCGCACUUCCUUUUACUCCAAAAAGCAUCCGGUCUCACUUUCAGCAUGUCUUUGUCAUUGUCCGAGUGCAUAAUUCAUGCACUGAAAAUGUGUGCUACAGUGUUGGAGUUUCUAGAUCAAAAGAUGUGCCAUCAUUUGGUCCACCAAUUCCUAAAGGUGUAACUUUUCCAAAAUCAGCAGUGUUUCGGGACUUCCUCUUAGCCAAAGUAAUCAAUGCAGAAAAUGCAGCCCAUAAAUCAGAAAAAUUUCGGGCGAUGGCCACUAGAACAAGACAAGAGUACUUGAAAGAUCUGGCGGAGAACUUUGUCACGACUGCCACAGUGGAUACCUCUGUGAAAUUCAGUUUCAUUACACUGGGUGCAAAGAAGAAGGAGAAAGUAAAGCCAAGGAAGGACGCACAUUUAUAUAGCGUUGGCGCAAUCAUGUGGCAUGUAAUCGCAAGGGACUUUGGCCAGUCUUCUGACAUUGAAUGUCUUCUUGGAAUUUCCAAUGAGUUUAUAAUGUUGAUUGAAAAGGAUUCCAAGAAUGUUGUAUUUAACUGCUCCUGCAGGGAUGUUAUUGGGUGGACAUCUGGAUUAAUGAGUAUCAAGGUGUUUUACGAAAGAGGAGAAUGUAUCCUUAUAUCUGCAGUGGAUAACUGUGCUGAAGACAUAAGGGAAAUUGUUCAAAGAUUAGGAAUAGUGACGAGAGGCUGCGAGACUGUGGAAAUGACCUUGAGGAGGAAUGGGCUUGGUCAGUUAGGCUUCCAUGUGAACUUUGAAGGAAUAGUUGCAGAUGUGGAGCCUUUUGGCUUUGCCUGGAAAGCUGGCCUUCGCCAAGGGAGCCGCCUCGUAGAGAUCUGCAAAGUGGCUGUGGCCACUCUGACCCAUGAGCAGAUGAUUGACCUGCUCCGGACCUCUGUGACUGUGAAAGUGGUCAUCAUCCAGCCCCAUGAUGAUGGGUCACCCCGAAGAGGGUGCUCAGAACUAUGCCGCAUCCCCAUGGUGGAAUACAAACUUGACAGUGAAGGCACACCAUGCGAGUACAAGACACCCUUCAGGAGGAACACCACGUGGCACCGGGUGCCCACCCCUGCCACUGUACAGCCCAUCUCCAGAGCCUCCCCCGUGCCCAGCACACCUGAUAGGCUGCAGUGCCAGCAGCUCCUUCAGCAGGCCCAGGCAGCCAUCCCUCGCAGCACUUCCUUCGACCGUAAGCUGCCUGAUGGGACAAGAAGUUCGCCCAGCAACCAGUCAUCCUCCAGCGAUCCAGGGCCUGGUGCCGGCGGUGGCCACUGGAGACAGCAAGUGACAUAUGAUGGAUGCCAGUCUCCUCUGCUGCUUGACCACCAGGGCUCAGGCCCUCUGGAGUGUGAAGGCAUCAGGGAACGAGAAGACAUCAUGGAAGGAAGCAGACACCUUGAAACCAAAUGGCAUGGUGUACCUUCUAAAGUUCUGAGUUCCUAUAAAGAAAGAGCCCUGCAGAAAGAUGGAAGUUGUAAAGAUUCCUCCAAUAAGCUUUCUCAUAUUGGAGAUAAAAGUUGCUCGAGUCAUUCCAGCAGCAAUACACUCUCCAGUAACACCUCCAGCAACAGUGAUGAUAAGCACUUUGGGUCUGGAGAUCUGAUGGACUCGGAACUGCUGGGAUUAACCUACAUUAAAGGUGCCUCCACGGACAGUGGCAUUGACACGACACCCUGCAUGCCUACGUCAAUCCUUGGCCCCCUGCAUCUAACGGGCAGCAGGUCCAUGAUCCAUAGCCGGGCAGAGCAGUGGACUGACUCUGCUGACAUCUCUGGACCUGAUGAUGAGCAAGUGAAGAUGUAUGCAGUUCACAGCUAUGCCUCUGCCAUUUCUGUCAGCAAUACUGCCGAAGGCAGCAUGGGCGACCUCAGUGAGAUAUCCUCUCAUUCCAGUGGUUCACACCAUUCAGGAAGCCCUUCAGCUCACUGUUCCAAAAAUAGUGGAUCUCUGGAUACAUCCAAAGUCUACAUUGUGUCCCACAGUAGCAAUCAACAGGUUCCUGGGUCAAUAUCCAAACCCUACCACAGACAAGGAGCUGCCAGCAAGUAUGUCAUCGGUUGGAAGAAGUCAGAAGGUAGCCCGCCACCUGAGGAGCCCGAUGUGACAGAGUGCCAGGGAAUGUAUACUGAAAUGGACACCAUGUCAACAGCAAGUCAGCAUCAGACGGUGGUAGGAGAUGCCAUUUCAGAAACUCCACAUGUUCUGUCAAAAGAAGAUUUUCUGAAAUUGAUGCUUCCUGACAGCCCCUUAGUGGAGGAGGGGAGAAGAAAGUUUUCAUUUUAUGGGAACCUGUCCCCAAGAAGGUCACUGUACCGUACACUCUCUGACGAGAGCAUCUGCAGUAAUCGGAGAGGGUCCUCCUUCGGUAGUUCUCGAAGUUCCAUACUUGACCAAGCGCUGCCCAACGACAUUCUCUUCAGCACAACUCCGCCCUACCACAGCACACUGCCUCCCCGGACCCAGCCUGUAACCAGCAUGGGGAGCCUAAGAAAUGAGUUCUGGUUCUCUGAUGGGUCCCUAUCGGAUAAGUCCAAGUGCGCAGACCCUGGCCUGAUGCCCCUCCCAGACACGGCUACAGGGUUAGAUUGGUCCCACCUCGUGGAUGCUGCACGGGCAUUUGAAGGUCUUGACUCAGAUGAAGAACAUGGGCUGCUCUGUCACCACACGUCCUAUCUAGACCAGAGAGUGGCCUCCUUCUGUACAUUGACAGACAUGCAGCACAUGCAGGACUUGGAAGGGGCUCAGGAGCUACCCUUAUGUGUAGACCCAGGCAAUGGGAAGGAUUUCCUGGACACCACUGGGGAGCAAUCACCAUCAACACUGACUGGCAAAGUCAAUCAGCUGGAGUUAAUUCUCCGACAACUGCAGACUGACCUUCGGAAGGAAAAACAGGACAAGGCAGUUCUCCAAGCGGAAGUUCAGCAUUUGAGACAAGAUAACAUGCGGCUGCAGGAGGAGUCCCAAACAGCAACAGCUCAGCUGCGGAAAUUCACAGAAUGGUUUUUCAACACCAUUGACAAAAAAUCCUAA